AAACCUUCGUAACAACAAUAACCGAAUUUGAAAAGGAGUCUGAUUGAUUGAGCUGAUCAAAAGAAUUUGCUGGCUUUUUUGCUUUUAGUUUUUAUUUUGUGAUUUAGCUUUCUGUUUGGUUAUGAUAUUGACUUUGUAAGUCUUUCUUAAUAUCUUUGAAACCCUAAUAUUAACAGAUUCCGAGUGAGGGAACCAUGGAAGUAGAUUCAUAUUGGGAUGGAACACUCUCAUUGAAACAGUUUAUUGCUGCUGCCCAUACUUUUGCAGAGAAAUGGAAAAGGAUCAACUCUGCUUCCCCACCUUGGUCAUGGAUUAAUGCACCAAAACGACCUUAUGUUGCUUCUCAACAAAAGGAUUCUUGUCGCUGGAGAAGAUGUGUCUUCCUGUUCUUGAGAAUUAUUAUGAUAAUAGUGAUUGCACCAGGGAAGAAGAGGUCAAUUUCUCUGGGAAGGAAGAGGCAAUUGACGAUGAUGCCACUUUGCAGUCAUCAUCAAGUGCAUUACUAUGAUUUCCAUAUAGUCUAUAGUAAUUCUUACAGGGUUCCAGUGCUCUAUUUCCGAGGAUAUUGUAGUGAUGGACGGCCUCUGCAGUUGAACGAAAUCGAAAAGGACCUUCCUACUUGCUCUGCAAAGGUGUUGCUGGAAUCAAAAUGGACUUUUAUAACUCAGGAGGAGCACCCAUACUUAAACAGGCCAUGGCACAAGUUACAUCCCUGUGGGACCAGCGAAUGGAUGAGGCUGCUUUUCCUUGGCGAUGCUGUGUCUGCUGAAAAGAGAGUGGCAAUUGAACUAUAUCUAGUGUCAUGGUUCUCCGUUGCUGGCCAGGUGAUUAGCCUUAGGAUUCCUAUAGAAAUGAGACAUUUGGUGCAAAAAUUUCUAUUUAAGAACUAUCAUCGCACAAAAUAGACCAGGAGGCUUGUGUCUUGUUGAGAAAAGAGGCGGGAAAUAUCAUGUUAAAAGGGUGGCCGACUUAUCAAAAUCGCUAAAUUGCAUGCAUGGUGCAGCCAUCAGUGUGCACACCUGACAAUCAAAUGUUUUACAAGUACAGAACCCUACUGAAUGCUGCACUCCAUAUAGAAGGGCACUAAACUUGGUUUUUCUUUUUUUUUUUUCUCAUUUCCUGCACUUUCAGCUCUAGAUCAAAAAAACGCUCACCAAAAUUUACAGUAUCAAGACUUGGAGGAAUCAAGCUUUUUUCUGUUGUGGAUUUACGUCAAACUCCAUUUAGCAUGUAAUCACUCUGUGCGGGCCUGAGUGAAACUUUUACAUCCGAGCUAAUGUAGAGCAUCUUCUUCCACAUGAAAA